AUGCAAAAUACCAAGAAAUUAAGUGAAGAAUUUAGGGAAAAGAUAUCGGAGGUGGAAAAGGCAGCUUUUUGGUUCUCUGAACGUGGAAGUUUGGAUUUCAGUGAGAAAUCAGCCUCGGGUUUUCUAAUUUUAGAGAAGUCUGGAUAUGCAGCAGCACAGAACAGGGGAAUUAGCUCCGAUGUGACUUCCCAAGAAAUUGGAUCCAACUUAGAAAAACAGAAUCCCAGAUACUUGAGUUUCGAAAAAAGAUGUUAUAAAGUAAAAAGUUUUUUUAACGGGUUUCCCCUUUUUGUAUGGAAACUAACUUCGUUGUGGGCAUUGGAUUCUCAAGACUUUUUAUUUCGGAACUCUUGUGAAAAGUCGUCAAUUACAGUAACUUCAUCUUUCACUUUGUAGGUCUCCUCUGAUUCAUUAUCAGAAUUCACGAA